GUUGAUUGUCAGUGUCAGUUGUGAGUACAAUUAUUUUUGUAAAUAUUUUAAUAUUUUCCUACGAUUACUCUUAUAAUAAAUGAAUUCCUAGUAUUAGAAAUCUGUACCGUAUUCAUUGUUGUAUUAGAAAAAAUAUAAAAUUUAAUAUUUACAGUUUAUUGUUUUUAUAUUUAUAUCAAGCUGUCAAAACGAUUAAUAUUUUGGCCACGUUGGAAGUUCACAUUAAUUUGUGCCUAAAAUUUAUGGAUUUGUACACGUACUGAUUCAUUGGAACAUAAAUAUGAAAGUAAAAGAUAUAGAACGUACCGCUAAUGUAGCUUGGUCCCCGAAAAAUCAACAUCCCAUAUACCUUGCAGCUGGGACCGCAGCUCAGCAAUUAGAUGCAUCUUUUAAUACAAACGCAACUUUAGAAAUAUAUUCCCUGAAUUUAACCGACCCAGAUCCUGAUACACAAGCAGUAUGUAGUGUACAGAGUGACCAUCGUUUUCACAAACUAAUAUGGGGUUCUUAUGGGAAUAAUCCUAAUUCUAUUAUAGUAGGAGGUUGUGAUGGAGGUCUAAUUCAAAUUUACAAUGCAUCAAAAUUGUUGAAAGGUGAAGACGGAAUUGUAGGCAAACAAGAAAAACAUGCUGGACCUGUACAUGCUUUAGAUUUUAAUAAUUUCCAGCAAAAUUUGUUUGCCAGUGGGGCCGGGGAGUCGGAAAUCUUUAUUUGGGAUUUGAACAAUACCAGUACACCUAUGUCACCAGGUACUAAAAGUCAGCCUUUAGAAGAUGUACUAUCAGUAUCAUGGAACCAACAAGUUCAACAUAUCUUAGCAUCAACAUUUCCAUCGAAAUGCGUUAUUUGGGACCUCAGAAAAAACGAACCAAUAAUAAAAUUGACUGAUACAGUCUCCAGAAUCAGAUGGAAGGUAGUAGCUUGGCAUCCUGAAGUCGCUACUCAGCUUUGCUUGGCUUCUGAAGAAGAUCAAGCCCCUGUUAUUCAAUUGUGGGAUUUGAGAUUUGCCACGUCACCACUGAAGACAUUACAAAACCACCAAAGAGGCAUACUCUCCAUGUCAUGGUGUUCAGAGGAUGCAGAUUUGUUGGUGUCCUGUGGAAAAGAUAACAGGAUUCUAUGCUGGAAUCCGAAUUCUAACAGUCAGAAUGGUGAAAUAUUGGCAGAAGUAGCAAAAACUAAUCAAUGGAGUUUUGAUGUGAUCUGGUGUCCUAGGAAUCCUGCUUUGAUUGCUUCACCCAACUUUGAUGGUCACAUUUCUGUGUAUUCUAUAAUGGGAGGCAAAACUCAACAAAUACAAACCACAAAUAAAAUUGCUGAUAGUUUUCCUGGUAUGGAUGGUUAUGCGGAGACUCCAGUGCCUCAACAGGACAGUGGCCCUGUCAGUGUCGAUUUAAGUAAACCACCUAAGUGGUUGAAGAAACCUGUAGGGGCUAGUUUUGGCUUUGGCGGGAAAUUAAUCAGCUUUGAAACCGAUAAAGCAGCCAUUGCGCAAGCGUUGCAAAACUUGCAACCCGGUCAGCAACCGCCGCCGGUGCAUCGAACCGUUCAAGUUAGUCAAGUCAUUACCGAACCGGAUUUCGUAAAGAAAUCCAACGAAUUAGAAAAAUCUUUAGAACAUGGUAAUUUCACGGAUUAUUGCCUAGACAAAUCCGAACAAACGAACGAUCAGCACAAGAAGUACAUUUGGAACUUUUUGAAAGCCAAUUUUCAGGAAGUUCCGCGCGUCGAAUUGUUGAAUUUACUGGGCUAUAAUUUGACGGAUAUCAACAAGAAUUUGGAUUUGCACGCCGGAGUCGGAAUUGACAAUGACGUCGAUGGAUUAAAUGAAGAUUUCACCAAUUUAAAUCGGAUAGACGAUUACGAUCGACAAAACGCGUUCAGUUCCGUUUCGAAACAGCGAGAAAAGAAAUUAACUAAGCCUUUUAAAAUCAACACUAACGAUGAUACUGAAGGACUUAUCACGCAAGCGCUUUUGUUAAAUAACGUUGUAGCCGCCGUGGAACUUUGUUUGAAAUCGAAACGAUUUGCAGACGCUUUAAUUAUCGCUACUACAGGUGGUCCAGAUUUAGUAGCGAAAACUCAAUUAAAGUAUUUAGAACAAACCAACGAUUACGUAUCCACGCUGAUAUCGGCGAUAGUCUCGGAAGAUUGUGGUUUAAUAAUAGAUAAUUGUGAUAUUAGCAAUUGGAAGGAGGCGUUAGCCGCAGUUCUAACUCACGCCUCGGACGAUGAUCUACCCGCUUUAUGCGAACAGUUAGGCAACAGAUUAGAAGAGGAAAGCAAUAAUAAUCCGAAAUUGUCUCAGGACGCUCAGUUGUGUUACAUUUGCGCCGGCAGUUUUGAUAAACUCGUGUCCAGCUGGAGCGGUAACGCUCUACAAUCGACAGAAAGUCUACAGGAAUUGAUUGAACUGGUUACGUUUUUGCAAAAGGCCAUCGAAAGGCAAGGACGGCAAGUAAAGGUAUCCGGCGGACUUGCAGACCUGCUCUCCCACUACGCCUCCCUUCUAGCCUCUCAAGGUGAAUUGACGACCGCCAUAGCCUAUCUGGGAUCGUCCGCCAACGAAAAAGUGUCCGCUCUAAGAAAUCGUUUACAAGUUGCUCUAGGUCAGAAGCAAAUUGUCGCGCAAGAAGCUAGACAACAAACUCGCAGAGGCAGUCAAAGAACUUCGUUUUCCAGCUAUCCAAAUGUGAAUUCUUUCGCUUCUACGAAUCCCUUCCAAUCGAAUCACGGCCAGAACAGCUUCGGAGUGACGCCUUUAACGCCUGCUCCGGUUCCGAACUACAAUCAAUUUAAUACCGGAUUACCGAACGCGGCUGUAAACAAUCAGCCUUGGCAAACGCCGGCAGUGCCGGCGCCUCUUCCUCCUCCAACGAGUUUCAAUCAGCCUCAAAGAGUAUUUACUCCUCCUCAAAAUCCACCGCUGACGCAUCCUCCUAGGCCUGCGAGCGUCGAAUCCAGUCACAGUUGUUCCACCGGCCUACCGUCAAGAAAAUACGUUUUAGACCCUUCGGUAUCUUCCAACCAGUACGAUAUCCGCAACCAAUACGCCCCGCAACCAAUUAACACCUUCCAAUCGAAUAGCGCUUAUUCCAAUACUUACGUCCCACCUCCGAUAAGCAGUAACGCCUACAAUCCCGCUUCCAAUACGAUGCCGACAUCAUUACCUAGUCAAACGUUCAAUUCCGGAGUGUCUACUUUUAAUCCCGCUCCUAAUCCGAGUUUUAAUCCCGCUCCGAUGACGCCGUCAUCUCAAAGCGGUUUCGGAGGAAGCGGUUUACCGCCGCCUCCAUUGGAGGUGGGGCAGCAGGUUUUUAAUUCGUACAACGCCCCUCCUGGAUGGAACGAUCCGCCACCGGUGGCUAGGAGUGUCAAACAUCCGCAAAAGGCUGAAGUGGUACCUUCUGAACCCAUCACCCAUCCAUUGUAUGGAACAACGCCAGUUCAACCGAUGCCAACAAAUGGGUAUGGUGAUACAAGUGCGCCACCUCAACAAGCAUACAAUCAAUCUUAUUAUCCACAGAAUCCACCUACGACGUUUCAACAGCAACAGCAGCAGCCACAUCAAGCUGACACCUUCGGAUCUUCGUUUAAUCCGGGAAUAUACAACCAGAACGCCAUUUUAAAUCAACCCCAAGAAAUACGAAACGCGCCCAGAGUUCAGACGCCCCAACCCGUACAAAAGGCGCCGAUUCCGGAAGAACAUUUACACAUGAAAACCGUUUUGGACGAAUUCAAAGAUCAGUGUAGUCGUGCAGCUAAUAACCCGGUAAGCGUGCAGCAACAUGUUUGUUAGAAUUUAAUUACAACACUCCAAAAGAAGUUAUCUAAUCCAGCAGUGCAUCAGUAAAAUUCUUUAUUUUACAAGUAUCUACAAAUAUACAGUCCACUACCUUCCUGUAACAGGAUGGAACCCUUAUGUGGGUAACGAAGAUUUAAAAAAAAUCUAAGUUAGCCCUAUGUCAAAGUCUAAAAAAUACCUUUGUUAAUUAUUCAAAAUUUUUAGAUGAUGAAUAUUUUUUGUAUUACGCCCACAAGACAGUUAUAACUACUUCACUAGCCCUAUAUGGAAUUUUCAAUCAUAUAAAUGAUCAAAUUACCGUGGAAUAGCAAACCAAAAGAAAACUGGAAGACGUAGGGCGCAAAUUAGAAUCAUUAUAUGACGCGCUAAGGGAACAAAAGCUGUCUGCAAACACUUUGGCCGCCCUCCACGAAAUGAUCCAAAUGAUCCAAGCCGGGAACUAUACGGGGGGACUCGCGUUGCACACCCAAUUGGUAUCGGGUCCGGAUUUCGCUCAAAUUGCCGGUUUCAUGCCGGGUCUGAAAUUGUUGCUGCAAUGCGCUUUACAAUUGCAGGUGUAUCUCAGAUAGUUUGCGUGCAAUAUCAUCAAAUAUAAAAUUUAUUUGGUUUUUUGCAAAGUGUGAAAAGUUUUGAACAAUGGGCGGUAAUUAAUUAUUAUUUUCGAGAGCUGUCAAGAUUGUAAAAAAAAUGAUGGAUAGAUAAUAUUAAAAUUGAAUUAUUUAUACCGGGUGGUUCU